CGCCGCUCGCCGGUCCCGCCACCGCCGCCUCCGCCCGCGUCCCCGCCACCGCCGCCGCCUCGGCCGCAAUAGCACCGCCAGCAGCAUGUCUCGAAGGAAGAUUUCGUCCGAGUCCUUCAGCUCCCUGGGCUCCGACUACCUGGAGACCAGCCCGGAGGAGGAGGGGGAGUGCCCCCUGUCUAAGCUCUGCUGGAACGGCAGCCGGAGCCCGCCCGGGCCGCCCGAGCCCAGCGCGGCCGCGGCCACUGCCGCCCCGGCCCCUGCUGCCUCUGCUGCCGCCGCCGCCGCCGCCGCUGCUGCCGCCGCCACCGCCGGGGCCAAGAGGGCGCAGCGCCGCAGGCGGGUCAACCUGGACUCUCUGGGCGAGAGCAUCAGCCGCCUGACGGCGCCCUCGCCUCAGACGAUACAGCAAACUCUCAAGAGGACACUGCAGUAUUAUGAACAUCAAGUUAUUGGUUAUAGGGAUGCAGAAAAGAAUUUCCACAAUAUCUCUAACAGAUGCUCCUAUGCAGACCAUUCCAACAAAGAAGAAAUUGAAGAUGUCUCAGGAAUUCUUCAGUGUACUGCUAAUGUACUCGGUUUGAAGUUUGAGGAAAUUCAAGAAAGAUUUGGAGAGGAGUUCUUUAAAAUAUGUUUUGAUGAGAAUGAGAGAGUCCUUCGAGCUGUAGGUGGUACAUUACAGGACUUUUUUAACGGCUUUGAUGCUUUGUUGGAACACAUUAGAACUUCUUUUGGAAAACAGGCCACUCUGGAAUCACCAUCUUUCCUAUGCAAAGAGCUCCCUGAAGGUACUCUUAUGCUCCACUACUUCCAYCCUCAUCAUGUGGUGGGGUUUGCAAUGCUGGGGAUGAUUAAGGCUGCAGGAAAGAAGAUCUAUCGCCAGGAUGUGGAAGUGGAACAGGUUGCAAACGAGAAGCUGUGCUCUGACGGUUCAAACCCAGGCAAUUGUAGCUGUCUUACUUUCCUUAUCAAAGAAUGUGAAAAUACUAACAUCACGAAGAACCUUCCACAGGGAACCUCCCAAGUUCCUGCAGACCUCAGAAUUAGCAUCAACACCUUCUGCAGAGCCUUCCCUUUCCACCUGAUGUUUGACCCUAACAUGUCAGUCCUUCAGCUGGGAGAAGGCUUAAGGAAACAACUUCGAUGUGACACUCACAAAGUGCUCAGGUUUGAAGACUGCUUUGAGAUUGUUUCUCCAAAAGUCAAUGCUACCUUUGAGAGAGUUCUGCUGCGACUGUCUACCCCAUUUGUGAUUAGGACCAAACCUGAGGCUUCUGGCACUGAAAAUAAAGAAAAGGUGAUGGAAGUAAAAGGUCAAAUGAUCCAUGUGCCAGAAUCAAAUUCCAUUUUAUUUCUGGGCUCCCCAUGUGUGGACAAGUUGGAUGAACUGAUGGGCCGGGGCCUACAUCUCUCAGAUAUCCCUAUCCAUGAUGCCACCCGAGAUGUCAUUUUGGUUGGCGAGCAGGCAAAAGCCCAAGAUGGCUUGAAGAAGAGGAUGGACAAAUUAAAGGCAACUUUGGAAAGAACUCACCAGGCCCUGGAAGAAGAGAAAAAGAAGACAGUGGAUCUUCUGUAUUCUAUUUUCCCUGGCGAUGUGGCCCAGCAGUUGUGGCAAGGGCAGCAAGUGCAAGCCAGAAAGUUUGAUGAUGUCACCAUGCUCUUUUCGGACAUUGUAGGCUUCACAGCUAUAUGUGCCCAGUGUACCCCCAUGCAGGUGAUCAGCAUGCUGAAUGAACUGUACACUAGAUUCGACCACCAGUGUGGAUUUUUGGAUAUUUAUAAGGUGGAAACAAUAGGUGAUGCGUACUGUGUUGCGGCAGGACUCCACAGAAAAAGCCUCUGCCAUGCCAAACCCAUCGCUCUGAUGGCCUUGAAGAUGAUGGAACUUUCAGAAGAGGUGCUGACACCUGAUGGAAGGCCAAUUCAGAUGAGGAUAGGCAUUCACUCGGGCUCCGUGCUGGCUGGUGUUGUUGGGGUGAGAAUGCCACGAUAUUGCCUGUUUGGAAAUAAUGUCACUCUGGCAAGCAAAUUCGAAUCUGGAAGUCAUCCUCGGCGUAUCAACGUCAGCCCAACAACCUACCAAUUAUUAAAACGAGAAGAAAGUUUUACAUUCAUCCCUCGGUCCCGUGAAGAGCUUCCAGACAACUUCCCAAAAGAAAUUCCUGGGAUCUGCUAUUUCCUGGAGGUAAGGACUGGUCCAAAGCAGCCAAAGCCUUCUCUUUCUUCAUCGAGAAUAAAAAAGGUUUCCUACAACAUUGGCACCAUGUUCCUCCGGGAGACGAGCCUCUGAGACCUGCUGCAGAUCAAAGACUCCUUCAAAAAGCACAAGCCCAGAACAUGGAUCACUAUGGAGAGUGGAAAGAGGUGGUUCCUCUCUCAAUGCUUUGCUGAGGACAAGCAGCAGAAUUUCUGUAUUAUGUCAGGCAAUAAUCCUUGAAAAGCUAGAGGGCGAGG